AGUGCCUCAAAAAUGAGCAAUUUUCUUCUACCCUAUAGGUAACAACAAGUGGUAUAGUCCACCGCACAAGUGGCAAUCGUUAGUUACUAUUGGUAGAAGGUGUUGAACGAUUUCGGUUCCAGACGCCAACUGCAUUCAUUCAUUCACUACGCUAUAGGAUGACAAGUGCCCGGUGCGAGGAGAUCUGCAUCUCCAAGGGAUUGCCGCCACUCAAACGGAAAUAAGGGACGGCCUUAUGAUUUACUAGCGGUCCUGAAAAUUUCCCACUUGUCGUAUUGAUCUUACUCUGUUCAGACUGUUGGACAUCAACUGGGGGGUAUGAGAGAGGGUUGUCUUCCGGGAGGACGAUCGAUGGAAGAAUGAGUCGCUCUGUCUGCCCAAGCUGUUCCCCUCACCGUGUCACGGCCGUUGCGUCGCCGGCAGAAGGUAUGAUACAUGGACUCAACCCGGAGAGCAAAGAACAGGGAAACCCAACAUAUAUCAUGGCGGAAGUAUUGGAUUUACCUCAAGAAAACCUAUUGAAACGGGCUUAUACUGAAUCUUGCGUUGCCUCCGCCAUGACACCGUCCAAUUGAUUCUGGGUGAAAGCAAUAGAACCAGCUAAAUGGCAACUUGACAGAGAUGGUACUGAAAGCUUGGAGAACUUGUGAAGAAGCUGUUUAAAGAUGAGGAACGUUCUUCUUGUCGUCGCUUUCAUGAUGUUUUACAUCGGAUAUCGACAACGCGGGAACGACAUGCGUCGUGAUUACCCAUCAGGCAAAACCGGAAACGGAAAUGACGAAGUUCAGACGACAGUUGCAUCUCGGGAAAACGCUCAUCGGGGUAAAAGAGGAAUACUGGUGCUGAAUAAAACGCCUGGAAUCGAAGUUAGAUUUUCCUCUAAAGCUGUCACCGAAUCCCAGAAGAGAAUUAUAUCGCAAAAUGCCAAAGUUGAUACAAAGAAAAGAACUCUCGCCCAGCCGCAAACCGUUAAAGACACACCAAAUAGAACUAGAAAUUUGAAAGCAGCAUCUCAACCAGAAAACACAUCCGUUGAAAAUAACAAAAUCAGCCAAAAUGCUGAUAGUGACUUACUCGGCCGAAGGCAAGUUCAACGUACACCUGGUAAGCCAAGCAUUAACAACAAUGUUGAAAGUCAACCGUACCAGAAAGAUAUACGGGAAAGCACCAAGGGUCCACCCAGACUGCAAGGCAACGAAACUAUUAGGCAAAACACAACCUACAAAACUUCUGCAAAAGAUGCGAAAGACAUGGCCAGUGUAAAUGGCAACUACAUUCCACAAACUGAUGCAUUUGGCAUCAACAAUACCUUCUUCGCUGGUUUUGACAUGGAAGACAUCGAUGUCAAUUUGACGAGGAUCUCUACUGAUGGCAAUUGGAGUUUAGACGGCGAGAUCGCAACAGAUGUUGACUUCGACUAUUUCAUGAGGAAGGAACACAACCAAAGCCUUGGUGCUUUGAUAGAAAAUGUAGCCAUCGUUGAAAACCACACAUUGGUCACAGACUCAUUGAGCAAUGAUUCCCAAGACUUCCAGAACAGUAGCAAACCAACGAAAGAGGAUUGUGAAGACGCUUUAGAAUAUGAGAUUGAAAAACAUAAACGUACUGAAUCUGGUAUUUUGAAUAUAGGAAAUCAUAUCAAUGAAGGUCAAAGUGAAGACGACCAGUUCCAACUUUCAAGAAAAUCACCAGAGACCUUACAACAGGAGGGAUCCUCAUCCGAAGACAAAAUGGGUACUGAGAAGCUAUUGCAAUCCUUACUGACGCUUCUUCAACGAGAGAGCAAUGUCCUGGAAACCACCUCUAGUUCUGCAGACGAAUACGAUCCAAACGAAGAUGAAAAUGACAUCUCCAGCAAUAUUUACAUGGAUUAUCAAAACGACGACGACGAAUUCAAAGUCGAUACCGAGUAUGACUUCAGCGACCAUGACGACAUAGAGCAAUCGGACGGAAUCAGAAGAGUAAUAAAACUCGACAGAUACGCUCACGUGGUUAGUUGCCAAAUCAACGUUGCCUGUAAUCUGGGUAGGCCCAACAGAAGGUGCAAAUGCCGGCCGAACAAUCGUCAGAGACCCGGUGUCGGAAGUACGACCAGUUGUGUCUUUCCUAAAGCUCGAGUGACCCACAGAUCAUUAACUAAGAAAGGACUACUAAGCAGUUUCUGCUUCGGGGUAUCGUUACCAGCGCUUGGAAGGCGGUACAAAUAUGAUAUGAGGACGAAAUGUAGCUUCUAUGGACGACCGAACGUCACAUAUAAGGUGUACGUGUCCAAAGCAGUCAAAGGAAGCGCCAAGUCGAAGAAAGGUAGAACAGUUAGAUAUAAAGCAUGUCUAAGACCAGUACAAUAAGUUCUGGAAACGGACUAGUUAAAGAACAAAACCGAAGCCUUUAUCUAUUGUAUGUUACAACUUCUAAGUCAUAAUGGAUCUUAUAGAUUCGCUUGUCAUGCCUGACAUAUAUGUUUAAGACUGUCAUUAAACCAAACUAUUUUUGAAGUUUUAUUAGUGCAAUGCGGAAAUCGAUUAUUUUUGCUUGAAAGCAUAUUGGCCAUCCUUUGCCAACAAGUCCAUUUUUUUCAAUUUUUGUUGAAACGUUAAAAGUAUUCAAAAAUGUGUCAGCAAAAAAGUUUAUCUGCAUUCCAACGUAUUUUUGCUUUGCUUCAGAC